UUGCUCUGCGACAAAAACAUUGUGUAUGUAGUAGUUAAAAGAUAAUUUGCUGGAUUUCGCUGGGUACUGCACAGGUUAAAUGGUACUGCAAGACUUCCUGUCGACUCCAUAAGAAGUGAUGUCCAUAUGUGAGCAGAAGAGAGGCGGCUGGAGCAGUUUAAAGCCUCGCACAGUCACAUGGCAGUUUGCUGUGGUGAGCUGAACCUGGUGACUGUUUGUGCACAGUGCCUUUGAUUCACAAGUCUCGCUUUGCUCCGGCGAGCAUGUGAGAGCCAGCCGUGUGUUUGGUGGUGUGGAGCAGCGCAUGUCCUGGUUGCAGAAGGUAGAGGAGAGCAGACCGGAGGGCGUGAGCUGUGUGCCAGCUGCUGCCGGUGUCCGGGAUGGAGACCUGGACCCCCAAUCCCCGAGCUAAGCCCUUCAUUCCCCGCCAGCAGAGGAGUCUGUAUCUCACCUGGAAAUACAAACUGAUCAACAAGAGAACAAUUCGCCGGUCCUGUCAGGCUGGUGCUGUGUUGUUUCUGCUGAUAACUGUCAUAGUCAACAUUAAACUCAUCCUGGACACAAGAAGAGUCGCCAGUGAAGAUGCAGCAGCUCAAGAGUAUGAGGAUGUUAUUCCCAACAUGGAAACAGCACACAGGCCAGCUAAUGGACGCAAAGUCUUAGACAUCGAGGUGUACUCCAGCCGCUCCAAGGUCUACGUAGCAGUGGAUGGCACCACGGUGUUGGAGGAUGAUAUGCGAGAGCAAGGCAGAGGCAUCCAUGUCAUAGUUCUCAACCAAGCAACUGGUCAUGUGAUGGCCAAGAGGAUAUUUGAUACCUACUCCCCCCACGAGGAUGAAGCCAUGAUCCUCUUCCUCAACAUGGUGACUCGUGGUCGAAUCCUCAUCUUUACCAUAAAGGAUGAGGGCACGUUUCACCUGAAGGAUGCUGCUAAGAACCUGCUGAAGAGUCUGGGCAGCCAGGUGUCCCUCAGCCUCAGCUGGAGAGAUAUGUGGACUCUAGUUGUGAAGAAAGGAGGUCAGGUUUAUGGAGAGAAGCAUUCAAAGUCUCCAGCUCUUUCUACUUGGGGAGACCCAGUGCUGCUGAAGACUGAAGUGCAACUCACCGCCUCUGAAGAGGCAGAGUGCCACUGGGCAGACACAGAGCUGAACAGGAGAAGGAAACUCUUCUGCAGCAAGGUGGAAGGAUACGGCAGCAUCUGCAGCUGCAAGGACCCGGCACCCAUAGAGUUUAACCCUGAUCCUCUCCCCAACAAUAAUGUUUUCAAUGUCCCAGUGGCCGUCAUUGCUGGGAACAGACCUAACUAUCUCUACAGGAUGCUGAGGUCACUUCUUUCAGCCCACGGUGUCAACCCGCAGAUGAUCACAGUCUUCAUUGAUGGAUAUUAUGAGGAGCCAAUGGAUGUUGUUGAGCUGUUUGGAUUGAAAGGCGUUCAGCACACCCCUAUCAGCAUCAAGAAUGCCAGAGUGUCCCAGCACUACAAAGCGAGUCUGACUGCAACCUUCAAUCUUCACCCUGAUGCUAAUUAUGCUAUUGUACUAGAAGAAGACCUCGAUAUCUCCAUUGACUUCUUCAGCUUCUUGAGUCAAACCAUCCACCUGUUGGAUGAAGAUGACAGUCUGUACUGUAUCUCAGCCUGGAACGACCAGGGCUAUGAGCACACAGCAGAGGACCCAGCCCUGCUCUACAGAGUGGAGAGCAUGCCUGGCCUGGGCUGGGUGCUGAAGAAAAGCCUCUAUAAGGAUGAACUGGAGCCAAAAUGGCCUACACCCGAAAAGCUCUGGGACUGGGACAUGUGGAUGCGAAUGCCAGAGCAGAGGAAAGGUCGAGAGUGCGUCAUCCCUGACGUGUCCCGUUCCUACCACUUCGGCAUCAUCGGCCUCAACAUGAACGGCUAUUUUCAUGAGGUGUAUUUCAAAAAGCACAAGUUCAACACUGUUCCCAAUGUACAGCUGAAGAAUGUGGACAGCUUGAAGAAUGAUGCUUAUGAAGUGGAGAUCCAAAGCCUGCUGAAAGAGGCAGAGGUGCUGGACCACACCAAGAACCCGUGUGAGGACUCAUUCCUGCCUGAUUCUGAGGGGAAGAUCUACAUCAUGUUCAUUAAGAUGGAAACUGAGACAGACACGUCCACUUGGACAGAGCUAGCCAAGUGCCUCCAUGUUUGGGACCUGGAUGUUCGGGGAUACCAUAGAGGUCUUUGGCGACUCUUCAGAAAAAGGAAUCAUGUGUUGGUCGUAGCUGUUCCAAUCUCCCCAUACUCUGUGAAGAAACCAGCCAUUGUCACUCCCAUUCAUUUAGAGCCGCCUCCUAAAGAAGAAGGAGCACCGGUGGAGCAGAUGUAGAUCUGAUGCUACACAGACACAUGUACUUCAGCAAGCCCCAGCCUUAACACUACUGCUUCUCUCCAGCAACGACCACUAUUAAAACAGCCUGGGGCCUACAGCUACAGGUCUGACUUGGGUACAAGAGGAUACCUCGGAAACCAUCUAUUUUUAAUGUUGGAGGAGGGAAUAACACUACAAACAGCACUCGAGUCCGUCCAACAGUUUGAGGAGGAACAGUGAUGCUAAAACUAGUAACAGUUGAUUGUGACUGUUCAACCAAAACAGUGUACAGCUGCCAACAGCUGUUUUUUUGGGGGUUUUUUUGUUUGUUUGUUUUUUGUUUGUGUGUGUGGGUCAACCACUGAGUCGUUGACAGAAUGGUACAACUGACACAGACACACUGAGCUGAAUGAAGCCAGUGUUCCUCAUGAUUUGGUGUUUUAACUACUGAGUGUGUUGUCCAUCUUGUACAUGCAUUUUCACUGAUCUCAAUUUAUUUGACAUUUAUCUGUUUAAGGUUAGCCUUUUUUUAAAAAAAGAAAAUCCACUUUCAUCAAGUUCUGUGCAUUUUUAAAAGCCUAACUUUUACAGAAAAUGAAAUGAUAUAAACAUUUCUGUGUGUGUGUGUGUGUGUGUGUGUGUGUGUGUGUGUGUGUGUGUGUGUGUGUGUGUGUGUGUGUGUGUGUGUGUUGUGUGUGUGUGAGAGAGGGUGAGAUAUUUUUCAGCAUUAGAUAUCGAGUGGAAAAGCCCUGUGGGUUUUUACCGUUAUUGACCGUUUGGUUCGCUUGCCUUGGAUCUGAAUGUUGGCCGAGAGACAGAAAUUUGAGAGUUUUUACCAUAUGCACCGCAUCUGAAAACUGAAACAUUGUGAAGGCUGUGAUGCAUUAUGUGUGGUCCAGUUGUGCCACAGUAAUACUUUCUUCUGAUAAGUAAAAACAGAGGAUUCCAGCUGGAUAUUUACUAGAACUGGUGAUUAUACUCCUACAAAAUGUGUCUGUACCAUCGGGCAUCAUUUAAAAAAAGAAAGGGGAAAAAAAAAAAGUAUAUUCCGACCAGAGACCAUGGAAUGUCAGUGAAAUUCAGGAACCUGUAGCAAUGACAGACAAAAUAACUGUUAGUGAUGCAAAGGGGGUGAUGAAAGUUGAACACUGUUCACCUUCAUGACACUUUUACCCAGCUGUACAGUCACAUAGGAGAAGGGGUGGGACAAACGGUAUACCAACCAGCCGAAAAGUCUUGCUGUGUCACUGAAUGCAGUUUCGUGGCUUAUUCCAAAUGAAAUUCCCAAACUACCACAAUAUUGAGCUAUUAUUUAGUUCAUUGUGGGAAUUUCAUUUGGUAUAAGCCAUGAAGACGCAUUCAGUAAGGACUUUUAAUACAACAUAUAGACCACAUGACAACCACAACAUUAAAGCUGACCAGGUUUUUAUUGUGAAAAAUUUGUUGCUGUGUUUUUUACUUCACUAGCCUGUUUUGAAGUUGUGACUGAUCACUGUAUGUACACUAGAUAGAAAAAAGUAUUGGGCCAACAUCUGUUUUCUGCCCCUUGAUAAAAGUGUGUAAAUCAAGCACCUAGACAUUCAGUUAACCAUUAAAACAUUUGUGAUAGACUGGGUCACUGAGUUGAGAGUGGUACUGUAAUAGGAUGUCAUUAUUGACUCCAGUUUGUAAAAUUUCUUCCCUCCGAGAUAUUGGGCAUUUAGGAACCACAGCAACUCAGACCAGGUAAAGUUACAGAGCAGCAAUGACUCAGUAACUGCAUCGUGCCAAACCACCUCUGGCGUGAACAUCAGCACGAAAACUGUUUCAUGCCACCUCCUGUAGGUGCCAUGUGUAGGUGGCCCAGUACUUUUGUCUAUAUAGUGUAUUUACAGGCUUUAAUAUCAGAGUAGAAGCCAGAAUUUGGAAGUUUUCAACCAUGUUAAGAGACAGGUGUGUGUGUACAUGAGGGAGAGACACUGGUUAUGUUGUUUCUAAGACUACAUCAACUACAUGAAUGUGUGUGUUAAUGCUCUGUCAUUAUCUGCAGUCUUUUGAUUGGAAGGUGUGUACUUGUGUUUUAAAAUAACUAUGUUGGACUGAA